AUGUCGGAGACUCCUACAGGUCACUUCCCUAAUGGGGCGUCGCCUACUCCUCCUACGGCUACGGCUACGGCUACUUCAACACCCGACGCAAGUACGCCUGCUCCUGCGCCUAUUCCAACUCCUCCAAUCUCCACGCCUACUACUGCUCCAGCAUCUGUUUCAGAACCAGCACCGGAACCUGCUUCUGAGCCUCUCGUAGCGCCUGCAGCACCCCCAGCUCCCGCGAUAGCUACUGCAGCUCCUCCUGCUUCGUUUCCUCCUCUACCGCCAAUGUCAACAGACGAUUUCGACAAAACCACAGACUUCACAAGCACCGCUCCAAGUGCGCCUGCUCCGCCUCAAAACCUUGCAACUUCCGACAUGUCUACUACUUCAUUCACAGCAGUCAAUGCGUUUCCUGCAGUAUCAGCGCCGAUCCCUUCACCAGCACCCACGCCCGCGCCAGCAACCGCGCCAGCGCAGACAUCCUCUGCGCCUCCAACAGUAACUACGAAUGAACCAAUGCAGAUGUAUUCUUCUGCAGCUACACUUCCGCCUGCACCGGCAUCAGCGCCUGCCCCUGCACCUCAAACAGCGCCUACAACCGCACCUUUGCAAACACCUUUGUCUCUACCUCCAACAACAUAUACGCCAGCACCUCUAUCUGUACCACCGCAACCCCCAGUAGCGACAUCGGCCCCUUCACAGUCUCCGUCAGUUACUCCGGGGGCUCCUCCCCCUGCGUCAAUGUCACAGUACCAGUCAACGCCGAACGUUCCCCCAUCGAAUCCACCGCAGAUGCAAGCGCAACCUCCCAUGGGAUCGUCGCAUCCAUCUACGGUACCUCCCAUGCAGUCAAUGGGCCAGUAUAAUUCGGCGUAUUCUCCACCGAUGGGACAAAUGGGUAUGCAAACACAAAUGAGUUACCAGCUUCCGGGUAGUAACUCGCGUUCACGGGCGCAUCAAAGAGAGGUAAAGAGGCGGACAAAAACGGGGUGUUUGACUUGCCGUAAGCGCAGAAUAAAGUGCGACGAAGGUCAUCCAGUGUGCCGGAACUGUGUCAAAAGCAAACGCGAAUGUUUAGGCUACGACCCGGGAUUUCGACCACAACCCGCACCCUCCGACAUACGACCUGCAAACACUCCCCAGCCUUCGCUUGCCGUGAACCCUCAAGAGAACCAUAACAACAAUCCGUAUCCCUCUGCACCCCCGGGUUACAUUCCUGCUUCAGCUCAACCCUUCGCUCCCUCUGUUCAGUCGGAUUCUUCCAUCCAGUCGUUUGACCAAUCCAACAGCAACCGGCAAGGCCCUGCUGAGCCUUCUGUAGAGGAGAGUGAUACUAUGUCGAUCAUGGCUAGUGUGCAGGAUACCAUUGACGGAUCUUUGUCUCAGCCUCUGGGAACGCCUGAUCUGUCAACGCCAGCACUCAUGCCGCUCUCUGGUCAAGUUGGGCAAGUUGGUCGACAAGAAAAAGUAAAGAUACAAGACCUAUUGGCGCUUCAAGGUAUCGCGCCGCCUCCGCCAUAUCCUAUCGUUCCCAUUCAGCAGGCACGCUUGGACCAAAUACAAACCGUGUACCUCCAUACAUACGCGCCAGCCAUUGAUCGAUUCUUAGAAACACGAUGGUUUCGCGACAAAGGAUUGUCUCAAUUGCUGACCAACGCGCAACUUAUGGCACAAUACUCGGCUCUUAUUGAUGCUUUCAACGACCCGAAAAUAGAUGACAUUGCUGUUAGAGGACGCGUGGAAAGUUUCGAAGCUUCUGUUGUAUGGGAUACAAUGUCUAUUUGCCGUUCAGCUCGUAAUCUUGUGCGAAAUGGCAGUACCGAACCCAUGCAGGAAUACGAUCUGCUCACAACGGCGAAUCGGUUUGAUAUUCUGGAAGCUCUCAUUACCGAUGAUCAUCUCAAGGACAACCCAUUACGAGCGGAUCUAGCUCGUCCACCACCGACAAAUCUUAAUCCGCUUGAGGGACAAUUACGCACGCGGUCUCUGAAUUUCUGGAAUUGUAUUGGACACUUCCUCACCCUCCACGAUAACGAGGCUUCUUCGGCAGUGGAAAUCGACGAGACCUUGGCUCGUUGCCGGUCACUGCUUGAUGAAAUUGAGAAUCGAGACGUCUUAUAUUCCAUGGCCAUUGGACGACAUCUUGGACAGCGUCUAUCAGACUUCCACCCUCGAAACAGACCAGAGAAUUCAAGCGACGAGAGAAAUGCCAAUACUAAGCUCAUUGUUGCGCAAAGAUUUAUUGAAGACGAGUCUAAAGACAAAGGCACAACGCAAGUCGUCAAACGUCUCUGCGGCAUGGUCCACAGGUUAUGGGAGCUGAAAAAUCUACUGCUGCCACGUGCAUAA